AUGGAUGUGGAGACAGAGAGGAUCGAGAACAUUCUGCGCUGGAAGCCGAUCCAAGGGAUAUAUUAUCCCGGAUUCUUCAAGGAAUCUGCCAUCCGAAGUUUGCAAAGCUCUUGGGACAGUCGCGAAGGCGAUGUCUUUCUCGUCUCCAACUUUCCAGUUCGAGGCUUGCAGCGGGUUCUAACCUGUAUGGUCGAAGGCCAUGAGAAUCCAUGGGAAAACGGAUUGCUGGACAAACCCUACUACUGUGAUGCGGCUGCUUCAAAGCGAGGAGUCGAAUCAUAUCUUUGUGAGGCCGAGAGCUGGAAGGGUCGCAGAUGCUUCAAGACACACGCUCUUCCGCAUUUGUUCCCAUGCCGAUAUCCUUUUCCACCACACAGUGGAGAUGGAAUUCCUCCGAAGAUCCUGGUCUUAGUUGCUGAUCCACGGCAUGCCUUUACGGUUUGGUGGCAAACCCUGGGCCAGAUCGAGCCAGACGUCUCCUUCAAUUUCGACCUCAAGUCAUUCAUCAGUGAAGUUGCGGAGAAGGGCUUAAAGCUCUUUGGAAGUUACUUCGAACACACAGCGGCAUGGGCGAAAGAAGCAGAAGAACAUCCAGACUUUGUGCACUUGUGCAUGGUGGACCAUUUAGGGUCUCUCGAUCGUCAGGAGGUCAGACUCGAAAUGUUGGAGAUAGCAAAGUUCCUUUGUGUCCCGCAUGAGUCAGUAGAUCGCUUGGUGGAAGCCAUUUUUCACCGUCCUCACGACGCCUCUUCAUCUUUGUCCAGAGACAGACUGGUGGACCAGGCUGUGCUAGAGGGAGGCCACAUCAUCGAGAACACUGGACAGAAUCUUUGCGCGUUUCAAACAGCCCUGGACUCUACCAAUGGCGUGGUGAGGGAGCUGUGGCAAAGCAUGUUCAGAUUGCUGCUGAAGACUGACAACAGCUGCCUCGUGGAGCUUGCCCAAAAGGCCAUGCAUGGCACAGCGUCGUUGCCUCCGAUGGUGAAGACGGGUGCGUUCCGCGGCGAAGCCGCUCACGCAGCCGGGCUUUGCCGCCCCUGCGUUUUUAAUCUUCGUGGUAUUUGCCGUGACAGUGCUGAUAUUUGUCUUUAUUGCCAUGCUGAGGGACAUCAAAGGACCAAGCGAGCCACCCAGAAGGUGAGAAAGCAGCGUCAACUGCAACGCCGCAACUUGGAGCUGCCAGCACUCAGGGCCGCUGCAGUGGCCUCUGUGCCCCGUUGCCUUUGCUGCAUUUUCCUAAGCGACUUGCCUGUGCAGCAUUGCAUGACAGCAAGUCCACCGCGGAUCGACCUGAACGUCUUGAACAUCCUGGCAGAAGUUCUCAUCGAGCUUCGAGACUUUGAGAAGUGUGCGAAACUCCUGAAAGAACUGCUGCACCUGACCCCUGUGCAACGUCCCAGCUCAGGCAGGACGAGUCGUGCUGCAGCGAGCUCCUCGAGCUCCUCGAGUACAGCCCUGGCACUGAUUCCUGAGAAAGAUACUGAGGCUUUGAUGAAGCGACUUCACAACAGUCCGGUUGAUCUCGUUGCCAAGCUGGGGGCAGCCUUGUGUCAGAUUACGACGACGGAAGACGGUGAAGAUCCAUGUUGCAAGUGCGCGAUUGAGGUCGUACUCUCACAUCCGGCAGACUCCCACCAAGACUUGUACCUUCUCUUGGUGGAUGCCAUGCUUGCUGAUGCUGGUACUACGGUUGACACUGUUAGCCAACGUUGGAGGAAACGAGCCAAUGUUCGGCCAUGGUCAGCUCAGCAGGCAGAACGUAUUCUUGACUUGUUGGAAGCAUGUCAAAUCGAAGAAGACCUGCGAGAGCGCAGGGCGAUGAGCAAAUGGCGCUUGGGCAAGGUGGAGGAGGCGGCGCUUUUGCUUGAAGAAGUCUUGGAGGACCCUGGAGACCGUGGAGAAGUUGACCUUCGGAAUUUGAGGGUUCGCGCAGCUGAAGCCUGGAUUGAGCUUGGGAGAUCUGAUCGAGCAGAUCAGGUUUUGAGCACAUUGACCUACGAGGAACUGCAACGGAGCCAUGAACUGCCACCACCGAUGAGUGCCGCAGAGAGGAAAAAAAUCUAUAAGGAGCUGAACGAAACCAUUGAGACGACACUAGCGAGAGCAAUUCGAGCAAAUGACAGGGCACACCUGCAUCGUUAUGUUGGUAGCUUGGAGGAGCUCAAAGCAUUUAUCUCCAAGUUUCGCCAUUUGGUGUAUGACUGCGAACUGGACUACAAGCGGCUGUCAGCGCACAGCGCCAAUCAGCGGCAGGAAGCGCAGGCUCCGCAGGCUCCGCAAACUCCGCAACUGGCCUUGGAGAAUGAGCCUCAUCAGACAGAAGAGGCUGACGAAGGGCCGGUGAAAAGGGGAUGGAAGAGAAGCAGAGGCAAAGAAGCGGAAGCAGGCUCCGAACAAGCACUUGCGUUAGUAGUCAAGCAGCCUUUGAAGGGCAACCCGAGGCCUCAGGAAGAAUCGUCUCAGGCAUUCACCAGCUACCGUUGGAAGCGCAAACAUCUUGGCCUCGAUUCCAUUGAGGAUAUGUUUGGAUUUGAAGCUUACCUUAGUAUGGUGAAGACUGGGGUAGAGAUCACUCGCUGCUACGCACUUUCAGAGAAGAACUCCAAGUCCAGGGAAGGCGUGGUCCAGGCUGCGCGAGCUGUUGAACUCUGUGAAUUGAUCAUAUCCAAUCGUCGAUUGGUUUCUGUGCGGAAUCCAGUCAAACGGCGCCUGGUUCGAGAUUUGGCCAUGACUUCGCUUCUGACAGGUUUUGAGGCACGAUUGUGGAAGGUCGUUUUCAAGCACCUGAGAACUGUGUGCGAUCGUCAUGCCAGUCCUCACCUAUUGGCCUUCUUCUCGAGAAUACUGUUUGCCCAUGCAGACGUUGAUGGCUUGAGCGCCAGCCCUGCAGCCAAGGAUCGUGGCGAUGUUGCUCCAUGGGAACACGAGAAGACCACUUUUCCCUCCUCGGGGCACAGGAACACGUAUGCUGCCGCCUUCACCGACGUUCGCGGCUGGGCAUUGCGUAAGCUGUUGAAGAGGCCUCGCGACUUUGGCCUCACCUUGCUUUGUGCUCACUUUUGCAUCAUCGCAUCACAGUACCCCUUUGCAGUUGCUGAAUACUCGAGAGCCCAUCGUCUUGCCCCCUUUGAGCCGCUACCGGCACUUUGUACUGCAACUGCCUACAUCUCCUUUGCCAUGUCGCGCGCUGCAGCCCGACGCCACGAUUUAAUCCUGAAAGGGCUGACUUUCCUGCAGCGCUAUCGGCGGCUACGCUUGCGUGCUGCAGGCCUUGCAGCGACUGAAAAUGAGGAUCCCGUGGAAUCCUGGGGCGGAAUGCCCACGGAGCGACAAGCCUGGGAAGAAGAUUUGCAAACAGCCGAUCCGCUUGACUGUUUGGCCAUUCGCGCAGAAGUUGCCUACAACUACGGCCGAGCAUUUCACCAAUUGAGCAUGUCCACCUUCGCAGUGGAGGCUUACCAGACGGCGCUGAGCUGCUUUGAUGGUGCGGAGAGCCAAAGGGCAGACUUGCUGGUUCUGCGUCGCUCAGCAGCUUACAAUCUCGCUUAUCUCUUCAAGGCCCAAGGAGCAUUGACCUUGGCCGCCGACGUCAUUUGGCGCCACGUGGUCUUUGGAUGA